AUGGGUAAACAGCGAAAAGGAGGUCUUCCAUACCUCAAGACUUCUCUGAGCUUUACCUGGAGUCUUUCUGUUUCCCCUGAGCAGGAGACCGUAUUCUCUGAUGUGCUCAACUAUCUGGAAUCAUGUGGAUGUGGCAGUGAAGAGCCUGAACCGUCAGCUUCUAAUCGCUAUUCCUGUUUUGUCAAUGAUGCUGCUGGAUUUGCACUUCAGAAUUGUUUUGAUCUUGUAAAAACGGAGUCCAUUGGUAUUGUCUUCUUGGACUCAUCUCUUUCUCGUCCAAGUGCUGUCGGAAAUGCCCUUGGAAUGUAUUUCAACAAUUUCUCAUCAUCCAAAACCUACUGUAUGCCUGGACUGGAAGAGCGACUCCUUGCUAGUUUGAAUAGGAGAGCGAACGCUUUAUUUUUACGUAAAUGUCCAUCUGAGCUUGAUGAGCGCAUCAAGUUGACGUUCAAUCCCGUUGUUGUGGAGAAACGAAAGGGUGGAUCAUACUCGCCUGUUUCGCUUAUCAAAUCUCAGGGUAAAGGUGUCAAGAACAAGACUUAG